UCAGAUGGUCUCCAGCACCCACCUGGAGCCAGGUAACCAGGAAAACCGAAACCCCAAAAAUCCACGUAGCACUUCUCAUAAAAAAUUGCGGAAUUACUUGUUUCAAAUGAUUUUAAAGUCAGAAAACGACAAAAAUGUAGCGAAAAUCAUAAAAUGGACGAAAAAAUCGAGUUUAGAGUUCCAAAUGGUUGAUCGACAGGAGGUGGCGAGGCUUUGGGGUGCUGAAAAAGGAAAUCUGAAAAUGGAUUAUGAAUUCUUGUCGAGAAGUAUCAGAUCUUAUUAUAAAUCUGGAAUAAUGAGAAAAAUUCCCGGAAAGGACUUCCGCUACCAGUUUAUUGCAGACUCCUGGACAUCGGCUCAACUGGCACAGCAUAACAAAACUAAGAAGCUUACUCACUCGAUUUCAGCAAUUUUAGGCCAGGAAAAUUGAAUUUGAAAUUUAUUGCACGUUUUUUUUUUAAAUAUAAAUUUUAUAUUUUCUAAGAAUUUCUUUUUGUAAUCCCAUUGUCUACAAAAUUAAAAUUUUUUAAUUCAGCUCAACAAGAGCUUCAAUUUGAGUAUAACCACGACCUACUUUGCUCCAAUUUGAAAAAAGUUAGGUCCCGCCACGAAAUCCCUGGGGGUACUGUACUUUUCGCGGCGGGACCCAAAUUUUCUCAAAUCUGGGUCAUGAUUAUACUUAUUUGGGAGCUGCUCAUAAAAUUAAUGAAACUAGAAUGUUCAAAAAAUGGAAAUUUUGGAAAUAAAAUAUUUUCGAAA